GAGAAACUAAAUUACCGAGUCUCUGACAUUAAUUUGGCCAGUUGGGGUCGGAAAGAGAUGGAAUUGGCGGAAGCCGAAAUGCCAGGAUUGAUGUCUUUGAGAAGACAAUAUGGACAAAGCAAACCACUUGGAGCCCGUAUUGCUGGAUGCUUACAUAUGACCAUUCAAACAGCCGUACUUAUUGAAACAUUGGUAGCGUUAGGUGCAGAUGUGACCUGGUCUUCUUGCAACAUUUUCUCUACACAAGACCAUGCCGCGGCAGCCAUUGCCGCAGCUGGUGUGCCAGUUUUUGCUUGGAAGGGUAUGAAUGAGGAGGAGUUUGACUGGUGCAUAGAGCAGACACUAUUUGCUUUUAAAGAUGGUCAGCCGCUUAACAUGAUAUUGGAUGAUGGUGGAGAUCUGACCAAUAUGGUGCUUGAUCGUUUCCCUGAAUUGGUGAGUAACAUCAAAGGACUUAGUGAAGAAACCACCACAGGUGUCCAUCGUCUUUAUGCGGGUAAAAACGGGACGUUGCCCAUUCCAGCCAUCAAUAUUAAUGACUCCGUUACUAAGUCAAAAUUUGACAAUAAAUACGGAUGUAAAGAAUCUUUGGUAGAUGCCAUAAGACGAGCCACUGAUAUUAUGAUGGCUGGCAAAGUUGCCUUGGUUGCUGGCUAUGGAGAUGUGGGUAAGGGCUCAGCCGCUUCAUUACGAGGAGCAGGGUGCCGGGUGAUCGUAACAGAGAUUGACCCAAUUUGUGCUUUGCAGGCAGCGAUGGAUGGUUUUGAAGUGAAGAAGAUGAAUGAUGGGGUGGCAGAGGCCAACAUCAUAGUGACCGCUACUGGCAACAAGGAUGUGGUGAGAGCAGAGCACUACAAAAACAUGAAGGAUAAGGCCAUCGUUUGUAAUAUCGGGCAUUUUGACAAUGAAAUCGAUGUUGCCUACCUCAAUGAACAUGGUCAAAAAGUUGAGAUCAAACCUCAGGUAGACAAAUAUCACAUUGACGGAAAAGAUAUCAUUUUAUUAGCUGAGGGCCGUUUAGUAAAUCUAGGUUGUGCCACUGGUCAUCCAUCAUUUGUCAUGUCCAAUUCUUUUACCAAUCAGGUACUGGCACAAUUGGAAUUAUGGCAGAACACCGGUGACUAUGAAAACAAGGUGUAUAUGCUGCCUAAGCACCUAGACGAAGAAGUGGCCCGUUUGCACUUGGCCAAGAUUGGAGUAGAAUUGGAUACGCUAACCGAUGAGCAAGCAUCUUACAUUGGCGUCAAGCCUGAGGGUCCUUUCAAACCGGACUAUUAUCGAUAUUGA